GUUUGGGGUUUGGAGCUUGGAGCUGGAGUCCUUCGAUUCCGUGCGCUCCUUUGCCCAGCGCUACUUAGAGUCUGUGGGAACCUUGCACCUGCUGAUCAACAACGCCGGCACCGGUCAAGGUUGCAGAUUGACGGAUGAUGGUAUCGAGGCAUCCUUCCAGGUGAACUACCUGAGCCCCUUUCUGCUGACGAACCUCCUCCUCCCUGCGCUCCAGGCCGGAAGCCCUUCUCGCAUCGUGAACGUGGUGUGCAGGGAAGGAUACCUCCGCCCUGCCCGGGGAUGGCAGCAGCGCUUCCCAGAGGGCGUCUUGCAGGGCUGGCUGGGCCUGCCAGUGCCCAUCCAGGAGCCGGUGCGUGUGGGUUCCCGGCGAAUCGCCGCUGCGAGCCUCGGCACGACCAGCAGCAGCUCUGGCGCCACCGGCGCUGCCAGCCAUGACUUGGCCGAGGACAGCGAGCCCGAGACGGAGGGCGGAGGCGCGAUCGAGUGGGUCAUGGAGCGAUGCCGCGCAGGCGAUGCCUACAGCAACGCGAAGUUGGCCAGCCUCACCUUUAGCCUGGAGAUGGAAAGGCGCCUACGGAAUGCGGCCGAAAACGAUGGCAUUACUUCCCAUGCCAUCAACCCGAACACCGUUCUGACCGACUUUCAGAAGUCGUUGGGCGCCACCUCGGAGCGCUCUGCCAUGUCAUAUCUCCCGCCGGUCUGGAUUGCAGGGAAGGUCUUUGGGUUCCUCGGCACUCGAUUCCGGGAGAUGACCAUGAGGUCCGUGCAGCACGGGGCGGGGGCGAUCCUUCAUGUCGCGACGAGCCCGGCGUUGGAGGCGUCUGGGAGCUGUUGGUUUGGGGGGGUUCAGGUUGUGGAUGUAGGUUUUUUGGGUUUUUGGGAUUUGGGGUUUUGGGUGUAG